AUGCGGUGUAAUGUUCUGGGGAGAGAAAAGAUUCUUGAGAGCCGUACGUGAGGCCGCAGGAUAUGUAGUGCGUCAAGGAGAAACAAUCUCGAAUGGUCUUAUAAUCGUCGUCAAUUAUCUUCAGUCGGCCAGGAACGUUUCUUUGAACAAUAAAUUUCUACCACCCGAUAUCAUAAACCAGAUCGAUGAGGUCACCUCUAAAUUGGAUGAAAGUAAAGACCUCCCUCAUCUUACGACAAUACGCAUGGCGAAUUCCUUGUCAGAAAUUCUCGAGCAUGUGAACACAGCUCUGAUCUCUAACACUUGUACCAUUCUUCUAGUAGCACUUCUUGGAUUCUUAUUUUCUGCUCUUGGCUGGCAAACAUGGGUGUAUAUGUAA